UGUUUGUUGCCGUCGAGGAGCUGGAGCGGCGCCUGCACGUCGAAGGCCGUGCGUGCACAUGAGUCGCGUCGCUCCACCAUCGUCCGCGGGGGCGGCGGCCUCCUCGACCAAGGCGCUGCGCAAGUACAAGCUCGUCUUCAUCGGCGACCAGGCGGUCGGCAAGACGUCAAUCAUCUCGAGCUUCAUGUACGGCACCUUUGACUCGCACUACGCCUCAACCAUCGGCAUCGACUUUGUCUCGAAGAGCGUGCCGGUGGACGAUGGAACGGUGCGGCUGCAGCUAUGGGACACGGCGGGGCAGGAGCGCUUCCGCUCGCUGAUCCCCUCCUAUAUCCGCGACUCGCACGUCGCGGUCGUCGUCUUCGACAUCACCAGCCGCGCAUCGUUCGAGUCGACAAAGCGGUGGAUUGCAGACGUGCGGGCGCAGCGGGGUAACGACGUGGUCUUAGUGCUAGUGGGCAACAAGACGGACCUGCACGACCAGCGCGAGGUGAGUGUGGCGGAGAUGGAGGCGAGGGCGAACGAGGAGGACAUCAUGUUCAUCGAGACGUCCGCUAAGGACAACUCGAACAUCAAGCUCCUCUUCAGAAGACUCGCCACGGCCCUGCCGUCGCUAGAGGGGGCAGCCCCGCCACCCGACCCGGCAGUCGUCAACUUGACGCUGCAGCCGGCGCAGCCACACGGGACGCAGGGCGGGGACGCAGGCGCGGGCGGGUGCAGCUACUGCUGACGGGGGGGGAGAGGCCGACGGCGCCGGUUCGCCGGCGUCUGCGUCCGUUGCGCCGCUCGGGUGUGCUUGCGCAGCGAGGUGGGUGGGAGGGGCGGGGCAUUGCCCUCUCCUUUGGUUUUGCCAGUAGGGAUGCAUGUGUGAUCGCAGUAAAUGGGCCACGCGUGACGGCGGCUCGCCUCUUGAGCCCUGUCGUGUCGCGCUGCGCAUGGUGUGAGCGAGCGGAGAGUUUUGAAAAAGAAGAGUCACGAUCUGUGGUUCGGCGCGGAUCCGCGCACCGCGCCGGCCCGCGGCCCGCGGCCACCCCGGACGCGGUGUGCACCGCGUGUGCAAAGAGUAAGCGAGAUGCGGUGAGAGAGCCGGAGACCGUACCGCGGCCUGGAGCGCGGCGGGCGGGGCACACACACACGGCACUCUGAGUAUGCGCACCUCCGCACUCGACGACGACCCAGAUGAGGAGCGCCUGUGCGCCAGAUCGCGCCGCACACACAGCUGCUCAGAGGGGAGAGCGAGAGGCGCGAGAGCACGUGCGCCAAGGCCGCAAGCGACGCGCGAUCGUGCCGUAGAAAAAAGAGCGCGAGCUCGCGGGGGCUGACGCCUCGGCGAGCAAGCUACUGUAGCCCGCGCUUCCUCGCCCACCAGAUCCACGAGGCGGAGCCGAGGUAGUUGUUGAGGAAGCGCACGCAUGCGGAGACCGGGACGCGGCCGCCGGCCGGCAGCAGCCCGAUGCAUCGCCCCUCGAGCGAGUUGACGAGCUGGUAGCGGCUGUUGGACGAGGCCGCCAUGAAGAGAGCGUAGUUGAGCGCCGUCGGUAACAGAGGCGCCAGCUGCACGGGCGCCGCCGCCUGCUCCUCACGCCUCGCCCCUUUCCGCCGCCGCGGCGGCGGCGGCGGCGGCGGCGGCGCGGCGAGGCCCCGCAGCGCGACGAGCCCGUACGUCAGCCCCUGCCCCAGAGAUGACGCCGCCGCCCCGACGGCUGAGAACUGGACGCCGCGGAGCGCGAAGCAGGCCGCCCGCUGCCGGGAGGAGAAGCGGCCUUUCUGCAGAAAGUAGCCGGGCAGCGCGGCGAGGGCCCCGCCGCGAGUUCCGGCAGCCGGUGGCGCCGCGACGGCGGCGGCGGGCGAGAGCAUGAGCACGAGCGCCGUGUUUGUCAGCGCAAUCAGGAUCUGGUUGGUGAGGACAAAGUCAGCCUCGCGGAGAAAGGCGUCGCCGCGCGCUGCGAGAUCGGCGGCGAGCGUGCAGCCGCAGCCGAGCGCCAGCUCGAUACCGAGCAUCGUCACCAGGCGAGGCUCCGCCAGUAGGCGGUCGCGCAAGUAGCCCACUGACGCCAGGGCCCUCGAUAGUGGAUGGCGCAGCAGAGCCUUCCAGUUUGCAAUCUCCACCGCGCCGAUGCGGCCGGCCGCAAGCGCCGCAAGCAGUGCCGGCGGCAGAGCAUCGUCGUCGCCACCGCUCGCGCCAUCCUCGCUGCCCCACCCUCUGCCGACACCACCGCCGUCGCCGCCGCCACUACUACCGCCGCCGCCGCCGUCGAGGCCGACCGCGCCGCAGGUGACGCUGGCGCGCGAAGCUGUCGCGGUGCGGAUGGCUGGGAGGAGCCGCGGCGGCGUGUGGAGCGCGCUCGCCGCUGCGAACAGAACCAGCGAGCGCGCCCCUGCGAGCGGU